AUCUUUAUUGAUAUUAUUUGAUUCUUGGUUGGACAAAAAACAUUAAACACGUGAUCAUUUCCACCACAUGUCGAUCAAGUACUGAAGCGUUUGGUUAUUUUUCACCUUUUUUCAAGAAACUACAACAGACACUUUCUUGUGAUUCAUGUGAGUUUAUGGCCCAUAAUUAAAUUUUAUGAGCCACUCGUGAACAUCUGUCUGAAAAUCACAAUCAACAAAAGAAAAUUUAUUUGUUCACUUACAAAAAACACUUUGCAAAGAUAAUCUUUACUCAAUGCAGGCGAAUUCGAGCCCGAAUUAUAAAAUGGCGAAACGCCAAUCUUUCGUAGUCGCUCUUCUCGUUUCUUGUUGCUUGUUAGCCGCGGCGGACGCCGCAGAGUACAAAGCGUUGUACAAAGACCCGAAAAUGCCGAUAAACCGAAGAAUUAAAGACCUCUUAGCAAGAAUGACCCUAGAGGAAAAGAUAGGCCAAAUGGUGCAAAUUGAAAGAACUGUGGCAUCACGUGACGUCAUCAACAAGUACUACAUAGGAAGUGUAUUGGGUGGUGGAGGUAGCGCUCCGUCACCGAAAGCGCCGCCCGAAAAAUGGGUCGAUAUGGUGAAUAAUUUCCAAAACGGGGCUUUAUCGACCCGUUUAGGCAUACCGAUGAUUUACGGGAUUGAUGCGGUUCAUGGUCAUAACGGCGUUUACAAAGCUACCGUUUUCCCACACAAUAUCGGCCUCGGAGCUACUAGAGAUCCCGAAUUGGUGAAGAAAAUCGGAGCUGCAACUGCUCUCGAGCUCAGAGCAACCGGCAUUCCUUACACUUUUGCACCUUGCGUUGCGGUUUGCCGAGAUCCAAGAUGGGGGAGGUGUUACGAGAGCUAUAGUGAAGAUACGAGCGUUGUUCGAGCAAUGACCGAAAUUAUACCUGGAUUACAAGGAGAUAUACCUGCUAAUUCUACUAAAGGUGUUCCUUAUAUUAGUGGAAAAGAAAAGGUUGUAGCGUGCGCCAAACACUACGUAGGCGACGGUGGAACUACGAAAGGCAUCAAUCAAAACGAUACCGUUAUAAGUAACCGUGGUUUACUUAGUAUUCAUAUGCCACCCUACAACGAUUCGAUAGUUAAGGGCGUUGCCACUAUAAUGAUCUCGUAUUCAAGCUUCAACGGGGUUAAGAUGCAUGCUAAUCGCGAUCUAAUCACCGGCUACCUUAAGAAUACGCUACGUUUCCGAGGAUUUGUGAUCUCCGAUUUCGAGGGCAUUGACCAUAUUACGACUCCGCCCCACGCUAACUAUACGUACUCGAUUCUAGCUGGAGUUGGAGCCGGCAUUGACAUGAUCAUGAUACCAUACAAUUACACAGAAUUCAUUGAUGGAUUAACUUUUUUGGUGAAAAAGAAGUUUAUUCCCAUGAGCAGAAUUGAUGAUGCUGUAAUAAGAAUACUAAGAGUUAAGUUCACAAUGGGCUUGUUUGAGAAUCCUCUAGCUGAUUAUAGCAUGACUAAGUACUUGGGCAGCCAGGAGCAUAGAGAACUAGCGAGAGAAGCGGUGAGAAAAUCGCUCGUGUUGCUGAAAAACGGAAAAUCUUCGGACAAGCCAUUGAUACCGCUUCCCAAGAAAGCGUCGAAAGUGCUUGUUGCAGGGACGCACGCCGACGAUAUCGGCAACCAGUGCGGCGGCUGGACUAUUCAAUGGCAAGGGCAAAGUGGGAACAUCACAUUUGGUACCACGAUUCUCAAUGCAGUGAAGAACGCCGUGGACCCUACAAUGGAAGUGGUUUUCGUUGAAAAACCAGAUAUCGAAUAUGUGAAAUCGAACGAGUUUUCUUACGCGAUUGUGGUAGUGGGGGAGUCCCCGUAUGCGGAGGGGUACGGGGAUAAUUUAAACUUGACAUUGCCCGAGAGUGGAUAUAGUACUAUUACAAAUGUGUGCGGAUCGGUGAAAUGUGUGGUGGUUUUGAUUACGGGCCGUCCGAUUGUGAUCGGGCCUUAUCUCGGGCAAAUUGACGGGCUUGUGGCCGCUUGGCUACCUGGCACUGAAGGACAAGGUGUGGCUGAUGUUUUGUUUGGUGACUACGGGUUUAGUGGUAAAUUGUCGAGAACUUGGUUUAAGAGUGUCGACCAGCUUCCGAUGAAUGUGGGCGACCCGCAUUACGACCCGUUGUUCCCGUUCGGGUUCGGGCUUACUACAAAAGGUGUGAAGGGAUGAGUUAAUUAAAAUUAAAAUCAAAUAAAAAUUGAAAUCAUGUGUUUACUAGUAUCAUGUGUAGGAAGAUAUGCUAAUUGAAAUCAAAUAAAAAUUGUGUUAAUUAGCUGGAAGAUUCGAUAUGGUGAAGAUUACGAUUUAUUUUAUUUUAUUUUUCUCUAUUUUUAUAUGGUUUAUAGUUUAUUAUAAAUGAUUUUUA